AUGCAUUCUUUGGCUCAAGAGAUCCAGGGUUUCUCCAAAUCUCGGCUAAAGAAGCAGAGCACUUGUGUGACCACUGCCACUGGACAGAGGCUCCGAGAGAGCAGAGAUGAGGCUGGAGAGGAGCACGUGGAGCCGCUGGACCAGGGCUGUGGCAUUGUGCUGGACCACAGCCUGGAUCUUCAGGUUGGAGUCGUAAGACCCUUUCUACUGCUUGCAUCACAGGAUGCAGCACACGACAUGGAGACCCUUACCACCCAUCAGGUCACCCAUGUUUUAAAUGUGGCCUAUGGGGUGUCUAAUGCGUUUCCCAAAAAGCUGGUGUACAAGACUCUGCCCAUCCUGGACAUCCCUGAAACAAACAUCACUGCUUAUCUGGAGGAAUGCAGCAGCUUCAUUGAUCAAGCCAGAGACCAGAAUGGAAUAGUGCUGGUUCACUGCAACGCUGGAGUAUCACGCUCUGUAUCUGUUGUGAUCGGCUACUUGAUGGCACGCGAAGGACUUCCCUUCAGUGAAGCCCACUGCCAGGUCCUGGCCGCCAGGCCUUCAGCUCGACCCAACACUGGCUUCUACCACCAGCUGCUUCACUACGUGCCUUAA